CCUGAACCAUCCAUUUCUGACACCAUGAUUUACUACAGCAACUAUUAUGGUGGCUAUGGGUAUGGUGGGCUUGGCUGUGGCUAUGGCUGUGGUUAUCGUGGCUAUGGCUGUGGUUAUCGUGGCUAUGGAGGCUAUGGAAAUGGCUACUGCUGCCCAUCUUGCUAUGGAAGAUAUUGGUCAUAUGGUUUCUACUGAACAAUUCUAGAGCUCACCAUAUUUGUCUGCUUGUGAAACUUGGAUUCUCAUGCUGCUCUUGUUCAUCU